AUGAAGCUGUCCUGGGGCCUUUUCUUCUCAUCGCUGUACUGCACAGCUUCUGCAGCAAGCCCCGCCGUCAGCCCGGAGACCGCGCGCCUGAUCAUCGCCCAGAGGCUGGGCCUAUCGCGAUUCCACUCGAUCGAACACGCAGACGCCGAGGCCAUUCGACACAUCAACGCGUACGGGGGGCGGCAGCAGAAGCUGUUUGGAGGAGACGAUGCAGACCAAUCAAAGGCGCAUCUGCUGAUGUGGAUAGAGGAUGAAUUGCUGGAGGAUGCUUCAGGCAUGGAGAUGGAGCACUUGUUCCCAGCCAUGCUCCCAGCAUCACACAAGGACAAGCAUCUUCAGACCAUCAAUGAAUAUUUGAAGGUCUUCCGCGUCGACAAGAGCGACAACUACACUCCCUCCGAGCUGGCGCAUUUCCGCAGGGGAAUGCUCGAGAACUUGUCGAAGCCUGGAAUGGUAGUGACCGUUGUCACCCUGCCCGCUUCUUCAAAGCAGACUAAGCGCACCGCCAACCCCUGGGGAACAUACGCGGUCCCCUUGGCCAACGGAGCACGUCGCGAGAACCCCGAGGCCUUCAUGUCUCUUGGUUCCGAGCCGUCUUCCUCGCCAGUACCUCCCGUCUCCGACCUGGAAGACUUCCCCGUCAUCGCCAGCCAAGCCAGCAACUACACCGGGCCCGUUCGCGGCAUACUCCCCAGCUGCUUCAACAGCAAGUCUGCCUGCGAGAAGCGAACGCACGGUUGCAGCGGCCAUGGAGAGUGCAAGCUUCUGCACAAGGGCAAGGGAUCUGGAAAGGACAGGCAGACUCUUGACUGCUAUGGCUGCGCCUGCGUCGAGACUGUUGAGCACGAAGGCGAGGACAAGGGCAUGGAGUCGAAGCGGAAGGUCACCUACUGGGGCGGCCCAGCUUGCCAGAAGAAGGACAUUUCGGUCCAGUUCUGGUUGUUCGUUCUUGUUGGCGUGACACUCGCUUUCCUGGUCUCGUCUGCCAUCGGUAUGCUCUACUCCAUGGGCAGCGAGGAGCUCCCAAGCGUUAUUGGUGCUGGUGUCAGCGGGCCAGUGAGGAAGUAA